AUGUUCAACGGGACACCCUUCUCUUACACCCCAAGGGGCAUCCACGCGGACGAGCCCCAUGUGCCGAGACGAAGUUUCCGUGACAACCUGCGUGCAUCCUCGCCUCAGAUGAACAUGUCCAGGCCCAAUGGCAGAAACAUCUACAUGCAGAGAAAAGAGUACAGCGACGCUCUCAACAGGCAGCCCAACAACUUUCACUUCAGGGUGGAGCACCUGUUCACCUGCGAGCUGGAUGGUCAGGAGGUGAGGACGCUGGAGGACUGCGUGGCCAAGCUGAAGAGGCUGGAUGUGAAGGACCGUCUGUGGCCUCAGGAGAUGAUCCUGGAGGUCCACAGAGGGAUGCUGCUGCUCAGCGACAUCGAAACCAAAUCUGACCUGGAGUCGCUGCCUCUGACGUCCAUCCAGCAGACCAAAGCGGUGCUGGACAGCUGCGCCUACAACUCGCUGCUGACGGUCACUGUGAAGGACCGCAACCAUCGCUUCCCACAAGUGUACAUCUUCCAGUGUGAGGAGGUCGGGGCUGCGCUCCUGAAAAAUGACCUGGAUAAGAUUGUCCACGGUCUCGGUGACGUGGAGCCGUACAGACAAACGCCGGACAUCAGGCGGGAUCUGGAGAACAUCAUCAGCCACCACACCUCGGGACAGCGCUGGUCCCCAUCUUCGCCCCCACCACCCGUGGACCUCCCGCAGCCUCCGUGGGACUUCAGAGAUCAAAACGUCCUGGUCCUUCCUCGGGUCCAGACCCCACACGACUAUAGCAUGGACGAUGACGACGAGUCCCUGGGACCCGAGGUCAGGCCCCAGCAGGAGAGGAUGGAGAUGGCGAGGAACACGAUGAUCCUCAACCACAUCUUGGACGAUGUGGAGCUCUUCAUGAACAAACUGGCUCCCAUGAUUAAGGCCGACCUGGCCAAAGGCAAAGGAAAGACAAAGCAAAACGGGCAAAAAAGGAAGAACAAGAAGAAAGCUGACAGUGUCCCGCCCGAGGCAGAGUUCAAGGCCUGUCUGCAGAAAGUCAAAUACGGACUCAACCUGCUGGCUGAACUGGAGGGGACGCUGGAAAAUCCCACGGCCACGGAAUACAUCCACAUCGUCUUCCAACUCUUAGGAAUGAUGCUGCCUCACUAUCCUCGCACGGUGCCCUCCUCUGUGCUCUCCCCGCUGCUGACCGACAGAGCUCUGCAGCUGCUCAACGAUGUGGUCACCCCACAGGAGAAGGAGCUCUGGUCGUCUCUGGGCGACACCUGGACAUUCUCCAGAUCCUCGUGGCAGAGCUCAAACAUCCCUCCUUACAUCCCUGAAUUCAGUGAUGGCUGGCAGCCCCCCGCCCCCGUGCUUGCCCCAGGAACACCCAUGUCCAGGAGCAACAGUCGGCGCUUCCCAGUCAGUCGCUCCAGCAGUCAGAUGAACCAAAGUCCUCCAGUGUCCAGAGGGAUGCCGUCAGACAGGGUGGAUGGCCCUCGCUGGAGUCCCAGCCCACCUCCUCAAGCCUCAGAGCCGCCGUUGUUCAUGCGUGUGAUUUAUGACUUCAUGGCGAGGAACAACCAGGAGCUGAGCAUCAUGAAGGGAGAGGUGGUGGAGGUGGUCGACAAGUCCCGGCAGUGGUGGCUGGUGCGGAACAACCACGGAGAGGAAGGGAGCGUUCCUCCCAAAGUUCUGGCACAGAUGGAGGGCAGCUCCCCUGCACAAGGCAUGGUGAGAGGACACGCUUCUGAGUUCUCCUCCCCGCGUCAGGCUCCAGGCGCUGCCACCUUGGACAUGCAGUCCUCACCUGCUGCGGUCAAAGCCUGGCUGCAGUCCAAGGGCUUCUCCAGAAUAACAGUCAGCAGUCUGGGCGUCCUGACCGGGCACAGUCUCCUGGGGAUGAGCAAGAGGGACAUCCAGGCCGUGUGUCCUGAGGAAGGAGGGAGAGUUUUCUUCCAGCUUCAGGCCGUCAAGUCUUCAAUCGCGCUCAGCAGCGAGUCGUCAGCAUAUUACAACGGCCGCUACUGA